CGCAUCGCAUUCCAACUACUGAAAGAGGUUCCAAUCAACACCGCGACAGCAUCAUUCCAGCACCAUAUUACACGCUUCGACUUGACUUCCCCGCCAUGUCUGUCACCGCCGUGGGAGGCAACCCGUCCUACGACCAUCUGCGUCGGAAGAACAGCAGCAAGUCAUUUCUCGCACGCAACGACAGCUAUCGGAGGAGCACGCGCGGUAGUGAUGGCACAGUAAACACUACGAGUAGCGCCAGGACAAAUAUCACGGCGCCGCCCGAAUACAGCAAGAAGUUUGUGGUGGUGGGAGAUGGCGGCUGCGGGAAGACGUGCUUGUUGAUUAGCUACAGCCAAGGAUACUUUCCAGAGAAAUACGUGCCUACCGUAUUCGAGAACUACAUCACAACGGUCGAGCACAAACAUUCCGGGAAAGGCGUGGAACUUGCACUGUGGGACACAGCUGGGCAAGAGGAGUAUGACCGACUGCGACCAUUGUCAUAUCCCGAGACCGACUUGCUUUUUGUGUGCUUUGCGAUUGACUGUCCGAACUCGCUGGAGAAUGUACUCGACAAGUGGUAUCCAGAAGUCCUCCACUUCUGCCCGACAACACCCAUAAUCCUUUGCGGUCUCAAAUCCGACCUCCGACAUAAACGCACCUGCAUUGAACUUCUCAAAACCCAAGGCCUCACACCUGUCACCAAAGAGCAAGGCAAAACUGUCGCGCAGAAGAUGGGCGCCUUAUACAUGGAGUGUUCUUCCAAAGAAGCCACAGGCGUCCAAGAAAUCUUUGAUACGGCAAUCGACAUUGCAGUACGCGGGCAAGACGAACUCCAUGAACAAGACACGCGACUGGGCAGUCGAGGCAGCCAAUCUAUGCCAGCGAGAAAGAAGAAGCGGAGUAAAUGCCAGAUUCUCUAAGUUUCCAUCUCUUCAUCACCACAAUCACCACCAAAGCAGGUGCGUGGGAGAGAUGGGACUAUCCGAAUUGCAUUUAUUGACAGCUUGUUCUUUUUGUGUUUUUAGCGUACAGAGAAGAGAACGAGAGACCACAGCCUCCUCGCCUCCCACAACCCCUUCCCCACGAAAUAUUGCCAAGACGAGUCAAGACGGUCGCGAAACUUCAGCCCAUGGAAGUGAGCCCUCCAUCGACACUGAUCAACAACGUUGGCCACUUCGGCCUGCUGUUCCGAGAAAUGCGGCGUCUCCUGUGGGGAAACAAGCGUCGGUGAGGAAGAGAGGACCAAGGGUGCAUUGAGAGUAUUCGUGCAUCAAGAUUACGCCAGCAGCAAGCAUUUUUCUUCAUCUGUUUUGGCGUUGAGGAUAGUAUACGACUUUUGGGGGGAGCAAAGAGUGCUUUUGGAAAUGAAACAUGCAUGAUGUGGCUUUGUUAUGAUUCAUGGAGUGGACCUCUGGAGCCGGGCUCGAGUUUGGUCUGCGAGGACUGAUGGGAGCCAGCCAUUCAGGUGUUAUGCGCUUUAUUAGAGUGUACGGUAGUUUAAUUCAUGAGUACGGUUCAUGAAAGUUCAGAUACAAAUUUCAAAUUGUCAUCGCCAUCGUGCCUUUCCCUUUGACACGCUGAAGUCGCAUCAGUCAUCUUCCAGCCAUGCUUACUUGCUCGCUUCUCCUUGGGUAUCAUAAGUGUCGUAUUUCUCCCCUCGCAUGCUUCGAUGUCACACCGCCUCUCCCUCUCCCUUCAAUUCUCCUUUCUCAGCACCAGCAGAAGAAGACGUCGACGGCUUCGCCAUGACGUUCUCAAAUUGUGACCAGAGUCCUUCGACUUGACUGAACUCAUUUCCGACCGCUAUGACACCCUCUAAGCUCCGGUUUAGUUUGUUGAUGUUUUGGAGGACGGUUUCCAUGCUGGCUGCGAUGUCUUGGAUUAGGAGGGCUCGUUGUUGCGUGAAGAAGGCUCGGCCUUCGUCCUGUUCUGUCAUAUUGAGGGAUUACCUAGGUAGAUAAGGU